CUUCUGAAGAUCUGUAUUUUUUUUCAGGUUAUGUCGUAAUUUUGUCUUUGGGGGCCAAAAACGAGGUACUAUUUCCAGAAUUUCGUACUUCAGGCUACCACGAUAUGAACAUUAUUACCUGUAGAAGUGUUAUAUUGUGAUUGAUAUCAAGAUGAAUAACCAAGAGAAGAGUCCGCCCAGCACUGAAGGCAACUCUCCUUUAAAUUUGGAAAAUGUGGAUCAAUUUAUGAGGGAUGGAUAUAAAAUCUUGAUGGAAGCCAUAAGAAAUUCCAAUACCCUUCCACAAGCACAGCACUGGAAUUUCUACAACACACAUGAUGCCUUCAUCAAAAUAAUGAAUGAUUCUAGUGCUGAUGUGCUCAAGCAAAUCAACACUAUCCUGCGCACAAACAAAGUAGAAGGCAAUAUUAGAAAUAGGGGUUUGGAAGAACAAACAGAAUUACUGAUAGAAGCCAAUGAUAUGAUUCUUGAAAAAGUAGCUAACAAUAUAGAUGAUAUGAAUGGCAUAAGAAAGACUGUGAACGAACCUGUGUUGAUCCAAACAGUGAGUGCAGAGCUACCAGUAAAUGGUUCUUGGAAUAAAUUCAACAGCACUACAUUUUCAGUUGGGUCUUCUAUCACUACAGAGGUCAACAAAGAAAAGUCAGCAAAUUCAAUAAUACUUCUAACAGGCAAGAAUAUCAUCAGGCCACAAAAAUUCUUUAAGGAUAAAAUUGUGAAUUGCAGUAAAGCCCCAUGGGAACCCAGAAUCACAGAAAAACCCAACUCUUUGAAACCUCUUGCAAUUUUCCUAGAAGAAUCAGAAAGAGGAGAAGAAUUUUCACAUCCCUAUGAAUUUGAAUUAGACCGUUUUACACCCCUGCCUGAUCAAUUAUUGAAAACAGUACCUGCUAUACCCCUUCCCCUAGACAAAACCCCCCUUGUGGAAGUUACUUUGCCUGAGCAAAUUGACCAAUUGGUGGAGACUCUUCAAAAGUGCAAGGAGUUUGCUGUAGAUUUGGAGCACCACUCUUACAGGUCUUUUAUGGGAAUCACAUGUCUCAUGCAGAUAUCUACCAGAGAUACUGAUUAUAUUAUAGAUACCUUAGCUUUGAGGGACAAACUGUAUGUGUUGAAUGAAGUAUUCACCAAACCAACUAUUGUCAAGAUAUUUCAUGGUUCAGACAUGGAUAUACAGUGGCUGCAGAGAGACCUGUCACUUUAUAUCGUGAAUAUGUUUGAUACAUAUAGAGCAGCAAAGGUUCUAGAAUAUUCGGGACUUUCACUAGCUUACUUGAUGCAGAGAUUCUGCAAUUUCCUCCCCAAUAAACAAUUUCAAUUGGCUGAUUGGAGAAUAAGGCCUCUGCCAGAAGAAUUAAAAGCUUAUGCCAGAGAAGAUACUCACUAUCUGAUUUAUAUUUACCACAAGUUGAGAAACGAACUUCUGGAAAAAGCCAAUGGGAAGGAUAAUCUUUUGAUUUCAGUUAUCAACCAAAGUACAGAAAUUUGUAAAAAGAGAUACUUCAAGCCAGUUCUGAAAGAUGACAGCUACUUAGAUUUUUACAGAAAAUGCAAAAGAUUGUUUGACAAUCGACAACUAUAUGCCCUCAAAGAACUAUACAAAUGGAGAGACCAAAUAUCCCGGGAGGAAGACGAGAGCACUGGGUAUGUUUUACCCAAUCAUAUGUUGCUGCAAAUAUCUGAAAACUUACCCAGGGAAAUGCAGGGUAUUUUGGCCUGUUGCAACCCUAUACCUCCACUGGUUAGAGGAAAUCUUUUGGAGCUCCAUCAGAUAGUCCUUAGAGCUAAGGAACAGCCAUUGGAAAUGCCAAUUUUGAAAGAAGACACAAGAGCAAGAGGCAGCACUAAGAAAAUUUCAAAAAUAAAUGUAGACAGUCCCUUGCAUUGCCCUCAUGAUUUAACAAAAUCCAGCGAUUUCCGAGAUGAUUUGCCUACCCUUCUUGCAAAUCCAGAUUCCGAGGAUUUGAGAAUUAUACUAAACAUGAAAAUGGGCAAUAAAAAGCAGAAGCCCAUUAUAUCAGUGUUUGAUUCACCUGAAAAUACUGUAGAUGAAAUUACUAGUGAAACCAGGAAAAAGAUACAGGGUGUCACCUUCUUAGCACCUUUUGAAAGAUACAAAUUGGUGAAACCUUACAUACAAGCUGAAGAAGAGAAAUUAGCAAAAGCCAAAGAAGAAGAACAGAAUAAUAAUUCUGAUGGUAUAAUUGAAAAAACUGAUGAGGAACGAAUAGAAUCGAUUCGCGAACAUUUCCUCCAUCUGGUCAAAAAAUCAACGCCUCCUGUCUUGUUAGAUAACCUGGAGCAACCUCUCAUCCACAUGGGUGGCGCCAAAAAAAGAAAAAGGGUUGAUUCUUUGCCAGAAGAAAAACCGUCCUCUUCUGAAGAUGCUAAUAAGACCUUACCUGACGUCACAUCUAGUGAAAUAACUAAUCAAAAGUCGACAAAACGAAAAUCGGGGGAUAAUCUCGCCAGCACCAGUCCUAAAAAAAAGAGGAAAGAAAAAAAUAAAAAGGAGUUUUGGAGGAACAAACCUCAGAACAAUUUGGCAACGCAGGAGAUUGUAGUGGUAGACGAGUCGGUUUUAGAAGACAAUUCAAGAGUGUCUUUCCAAGAACAGAAUCAGGAUAACGACGGUGCCAAUGGGGGCAAUAGAAAAGAGAAGAAAUCGAAGCAGAAAAACAAGCAGAUGAAGAGAGGGGGCAACAAGAAGCAAAAUGGAGGGAAUGCGAACGAGGAUAUAAGCACUUAUGAUUAUGCCUCCGUGGAUUACAGGCAGUUUCAAGGCGGUGCUGGGGGGGCCCCAAAGCCCCAGGAAAUCAAGAGCACUUUCAGGUCGAAGGGCAAGAAAGGUGGACAUAAAGGAAAUAACCAGUCGUCUACUUUCGGUAGUUUUGGACCAAGUAGAGGGGGGUCAAGAGGUGGGGGAAGGGGUAGAGGAGGGGGAAGGGGUAGAGGAGGGGGAAGAGGAAGAGGAGGGGGUAGAGGCCAUUGAAGUUCGCUGGGAAUAUUUUUUUCUAAAUAAUUUGUUUUGUUCAGUUUUUUGAUAUAUUUAUUUUGCAUCGCAGAGUUUAUGUAUUUUGUCAGAUGAUAUGUAAAUAGCUGUGAUAUUGUAUUUUGAAUAUAAGAAUUUUUGAAAAAAUUGUGGUUUUUAUU